AUGCCACUUGACAUUCGCAAGUCCAUCGCCGUGCAGGUGUUGAAGAGAUGGGUCAAGAAGUGCGCAACGAGACGAGAAACAUCUAGCGAAUGUGGCUUGACAAAAUUGCAUAGGCCACUUCCAGAUCAGCGUACGUUGCUUGCAGUGAUGCUUUUCGUCGAGGCUCAGGCCUUGGACAUGGAAGUUCUUCCGCCGGACUUGAAUUCCAUCUGUCUGUCCAUGUUGACCACGCAGGAGGUGGACGACAUGCGGAAUGCCUGCAGGACUGUGCCACCGCACUUGAUGUUGAAAAAGGCAGAUGCGAAGAUCCCAGAUUUGAAGCUCCGAAAAGAGAUCGCUCCAGAGAUCAUUUCUCAGCUGAAGACGAAACUCAGCAGUUUGCUCGUUGGCUCUGAUGUCGAGAUUGAAGAGGAAGACUUGGGUCAAAACAUUGACACCCUUUUCCUGGAUAUCCCUGCCACGGUGAAGAUAAUGGGCUUGGUGCACUGUUGUGAGUACGUUGCCAUCCUCAAACGAGUGUGGGAUGCCAAAGAAGAGCUCUUCAACAGUAUAGCGAAGCAGGUGGAACAAUGGCGAAGCUUCGAAGUGCUGUGUCGCCUCAGUCUUCGAGAUGCCUGUGUUCUGGCUAAGCAGACGUUGGACGCAGAUGUGGAACACCUUCGCAAAUCCAAAUCUUCGUGCUUGAAUCGCCUAGCAGCAGAGUGGAAAUUGGCUCCAAGAGAGGAGGACAUGAUGUUGCUGCAUAUGCUGGGGCUGAAUCGGCAGAUACAGGUGCUGCUCAGCAUCGAACGCGAUGUCGAGUUGCAAUGGUGUGAAUUGAUGGCCAAGGUAGAGGUAAGAGAAGAAAGAAGUGGAAAGCUUCGAGAAUAUCUUAAUUUCACUCAACGUUUGAGACCAUACCUCAACGAGGAGGAUUUGCUUCCAGGCAAAAAGCCACUCGAGAAAGAAAGCGGUCAGAAGCUUGAAAUCUACGACUUGGCCAUGGUGCGACAAGGCGUGUCCGAGAUUUUCAAAAAGCUGAAACAACUGUACAAGUGGAAGCCUGACAUGAGCUCUCGAACGGCGAUCUCCAAAACAAAUUGGGUUGCGCGACUCUCCGCAGUCUUGAAGUUGGUGAAGACGACGUACACGCUGUCCGCGGACAAAGAGCUGCGGAAGUUUCUUCAACUGGAGGCUUCCAGGAAUUUGGGGAGCGAAAUCUACAAGAACUACGUGCAGUGGAGGAACACGGAGCAAGGCGAUGGUCUUCAAAAGCCUCGGAAACGAAUUGCCUCUGAACAUACGAUGGAAGAAAUGAGCAAAAAGUGGGAGGAGCUCAUUUCAAUUCACUACCCCGAGAGCACCCAACAGCAGCAACCUCAACAUCAGCCACGGACACCUGCUGGACUGGGUGUGGCCGCAAUGACACCUGGCUUGGGAGCAGCGAUGACACCCGGCCUGGGAGCAGCAAUGACACCAGGCUUGAACCCUGGCACUCCUGGCCUUUCUGGGGCCGUGACGCCGGGCUUCCGCGCACCGACACCUACUGGAACCUGGCAAUCAGGGUUUACGCCUGCCUUCAAGGACCAGAGCGAGGGCAACACACCACAAUGGCGACCGACAGCCACCCCUCUGGGGCCAUUUGGAGCUGGCACGCCAUUGCCCCAAGGUGGAACUCCAGGGAGGGUGAACAUGCACACACCCCUCGGGCAUCCGCUACGAACGCCUAUUGGUGUAAAGCUUGAUGGUCGGCCAGCUGUGACGCCUUCCGGGCUCCCGCCGCCAACACCUUUGGGCGCCGCUGGAGCACAGCCCAUGACGCCGCCUGAGACCAAAGUCAAAGAUGUGAAAGCUGAGUAG